AUGCAUUUGCCUACAUACGCGCUCGUCAACAUCGCCUUAUUCACCGAUACCCCGACUCGAUCGAACCUCCUGACUACUUCUCAAGAUUUCUACGAUGCGGUCAAGCCCCUUAUCCUUUGUCCGCUGUAUCGUACCGUCGAAGUCGGCAAGGACAACCUCCCUGCAAUCUUGGAAGGUCUCAACUAUAAAGAUAUACCUGCAUCUCAAGACGUCACCGGAAAUCCUGCUCAUGUCAAUGCAAUAUCAAGGAAGCUCAAUCUACUCGAUAGUUGUGAGACUCUCAUAUUCGAAUCCCUCCCAUCUCCCGACUCUUGUCAAAGACUUACCGAUGUUGUUUUCGGUACCGAAUUCGGGUUUAGUGCUGCCAGAGUCCCGUUCAGAAACGUCAAAUAUGUUCAGUUGCGUUCGCAAGUCAUUUUUGACUUGGUACUUUGGUCCGAUGAGAACCUUAAACCAAUCGAAGAUCACCCCUUCAUAACACGUCUCGGUCAGAUGUGCAAACCGCGAUCUAUCUGUGUGUUCCUCCACCACCUCAAUCUGAAGGAACGCGAAGCCUAUGUCGGUCGGGUAUUAGCAAAGAUACCUAUAGGAAAGUUCAGCUCUGAAGUACAAACCAUAAUGCGACAGGACCUCGAAAGCCAUUACGUCAGCCUUUUUCAUGAACAAGCUCAAGUGCUUAUGGAAAUCGAUCGAUGGCUCUCUGAGGACAAUCCUGUUUUGACGAUUCACAAUUCAUACAACAACGACGACGUCGAUUUGGAAAUAUCCAACAUCAGGCUGUUCUCUACCCAUGUCCCGCCGGAUCUGUUCUCAGUAGGGUAUCGUCCACACGGAAAUUUCCACCGUUAUUCGGAGCGUUGGAUCCGAAGUAAUGUCGAAUAUGAGAGCCUUCUUGCCAAGGCGACGCCGCGUCCCUCAGCGUAUCCAGGCAAUGAAAUGGGAAUCUCCAGAAAAACUGAGUUUGUCUUGCCUCGACUAUCCGAGGACGUCGCCCAAAUGCAACUCGAUACCGAAAAUGCCGAGAACCUUCGAGGCAGCAUCGACAGAUACGUUCCGAAAAAGAGUCCAUACGCUGUAAAAGUCUCAGCCUGGGGAGAAGCGGAACCUUGUGUAUGUUGUGGGAAGAAGUGA